CUCCCUUCUCACGUUUACUCCUCCCUCACUUUCACCUCUCACUACCUCCAGUACUCUGAUCCUUUACUGCUGGAAAAGUACUGAUAUCACGCAGUAAAAAUACUCUGUUACAGUAAAAAUACUAAUACCACACUGUAACAACGAUGACAACAAGUCACAAAACAACUUCAAAGAGACUCAAAGUCUGAAUGAACACCGAGGUCAAAAACAAGAAAAACGUUUGUUCUUCAGACCGAACAUGUUUUGUUGACACUUGAACAGAAUAAUGAACUCACAAUGAACACAGAAACAGUUUAUGAAAGUAGUUUUAUUGUAUAAAACACACAUCUCCUGCUCAUCGACCCCUAAGGGUCCAGGUGAGGGCGGAUCCAUGAGUGCAGGUGAGACAGUAUCAUCUCCUCUAAUCUCUUUAUCCUCAUCAGGUCGACUCUGCUGCUCCAAACACUCCGUCACUGGUCACAUCCCUCCAUUUUAUCCUCCUUUCUCUCCAAACUUCACCGGAUUUAACGAGGUCAGCCUUGCGUUGUGGUGGGGGGGGGUACUCCUCUGUUUCCAUGGCGAUGAGUUUGAUUGGCGGUUGGUGGAUCUAGGCCACGAAAACCCAGAGCGACAGAUUAUCAGCUGUCAGGAAGUCAGAGGACAGACCUUCAUGGCCAAAGUGGCUCCAUCAGUCCCGACCCCCAUCUCCAGGUUGACUCCGCCCACCAUCGUUCUACAGGACAUGGAGGAGGAGCCAGGUGAGAGAGCAAAUCAAAGAGCCGGACCUGGAGUUCUGUUCAACAUCAACAACAGCAACAACAACGAAGAAGAGGAGGAGAAGAAGAAAAAGAAGAAAGAGAAGAAAGAGAGAAAAGAGAAAAAGGAGAAGGAGAAGCAGGAGAAAAAGGAGAGGAAGGAGAAAAAACAGAAGGAGAAAGAAGAGAAGGAGAAGGAGAAGAAGGCCAAAGAGGAGGCUCCUCAGGAGAUCGCAGUGAUUGAUCCGGCAGGUAACACCUACUACCGCUGGCUGGCUGUUAUCACCGUCCCCGUCAUGUACAACUGGACCCUGAUCAUAGCCAGGGCGUGUUUCGAGGAGCUACAGACUGACUAUUUGGUACUGUGGUUCCUUGUGGACCUUGUAUGCGACCUCACUUACAUCGCAGACAUGAUCUUCAGAACAAGGACCGGUUACUUGGAGCAGGGUCUGCUGGUGAAGGACGAGCAGAAGUUGCGUGAGCGCUACAUGAACAGCGUCCAGUUCAAAAUGGACCUGGUCUCCAUGAUUCCCACCGACGUGCUGUACCUCAUUCUUGGCAUCAAAUACCCCGAAAUCCGCCUCAACAAGCUGUUCAGGUUCAACAGGAUGCUGGAGUUCUUCCAGAGGACGGAGACCAGGACUAACUACCCCAACGCUCUCCGCAUCUUCAACCUUGUCAUGUACAUCGUCAUCAUCAUCCACUGGAACGCCUGCCUCUACUACUCCUUCUCCAAGGCUAUCGGUUUCGGUGCUGACAGGUUUGUGUAUCCCGACCCGGCAGAUCCAGAGUUUGGUCGUCUGGUGAGGAAGUACGCCUACAGUAUGUACUGGUCCACACUGACUCUCACAACCAUUGGAGAGACUCCGCCCCCCGUGGAGAACUCAGAGUACUUCUUCGUUGUCACUGACUUCCUGGUCGGUGUGUUGAUCUUUGCCACCAUCGUCGGUAACGUCGGUUCGAUGAUCACCAACAUGAACGCUGCCAGAGCUAACUUCCAGGCUCGCAUCGACGCCAUCAAACAGUACAUGACCUUCCGAAAGGUAACGAAGGACCUGGAGAAGCGAGUGAUCAAGUGGUUCGACUUCCUGUGGACCAAUAAGAAAGCAGUGGAUGAAAGGGAGGUGUUGAAGUACCUGCCGGACAAACUGAGAGCCGAGAUCGCCAUCAACGUCCACCUGGACACCCUGAAGAAGGUUCGUAUCUUUGCGGACUGCGAGGCCGGUCUGCUGGUGGAGCUGGUGCUGAAGCUGCAGCCCCAGGUCUACAGUCCGGGAGACUACAUCUGUAAGAAGGGCGACAUCGGCAGAGAGAUGUACAUCAUCAAGGAGGGGAAACUGGCCGUCGUUGCCGACGACGGGAUCAAACAGUUCGUCGUCCUGAGUGACGGGAGCUACUUUGGUGAGAUCAGCAUCCUGGCGAUUAAAGGCAGCAGGGCGGGAAACAGGAGGACGGCCAACAUCAGGAGCAUCGGUUACUCCGACCUCUUCUGCCUCUCCAAAGACGACCUGAUGGAGGCGCUGACGGAGUACCCUGACGCUAAAGCUCUGCUGGAGGAGAAGGGAAGGCAGAUCCUGAUGAAGGACGGACUGCUGGACCUGGAGCUGGCUGCGCAGGGCCCCGACCCCAAAGAGAUCGAGGAGAAGGUGGACCGGAUGGCGAGCACGCUGGACGUCCUGCAGACGCGCUACGCUCGGCUGCUGGCGGAGCGCGAAGCCACGCACAGCAAACUCAAGCACCGGGUCAACCGGCUGGAGAAGAAGCUGGCUCCGCCCCCUCCGGGUGAAGCCCCGUCCCCUCCGACACCAGAGACAUAGACGACUAGAGAAGAAGAAGAAGAAGAAGAUUUGUCUGCAUGUAAAAGAAACUGCUGAGUCAGCGGAGACCAAGAGGACGAUCGAAUAACAAGAAAAAUGUUAUUUAUGUUUCUAGUAAAUAUUUGACAUCUUUGUGAUUAUAAUGUAUAAUAAUAUAUUAAAUAUUUAGCGCCA